AUGGGUCAUAAUGAGAAGGAAGGAGGGAGACAGCGUCCUGAUAGCUUGUUCCUACCCUUCAAGCAAAUGCUUACAGAUUGUGGGAUGUUAGAGUUUCCUUUCACGGGAGACAUGCUUUCAUGGGUAUGGAAGAGAGCAGGACGUGUAACUGUUCGAUGUCGUCUAGACAGAGCAGUAGGAAAUGCUGAUUGGCAUGAGAAGUUCCCACUCUCUAAUGUAAAGUACAUGAGGAUAUGGGGAUCGGACCAUCGCCCGAUUCUCGCAGACAUACUCACAAAGCCAACGAGAAGAUCAAAAAAAUUCAAAUUCGACAGAAGAUGGCUAGACAAUGAGGAACUAAGCUGCCGAAAAGCCUUGAGUGAGUGGAGGAAACAACAAAAUAUUAACUCGGCGAAGCUAGUGGAGGAGCUAAACGAGAAAGUCGAGGGUUUAUACGCAGACGAUAAUGCGACGACUGAGGAAAUUGCAGCAGCGUUGAAGGAACUCUCUGAUUCUCUUAAAGCAAAAGAAAUGUUCUGGAAACAGAAGAGUAGAGUGUUUUGGUUGAGAGAGGGAGAUAAAAAUACAAAAUUCUUCCAUGCCUUAACGAAGCAAAGGAGAGCAAGGAACAAAAUCACGCAGCUCCUGGAUGCAAAUGGUAACAUAGUUGAGGACGAGGAAGGUCUGGUAGCCAUUGCUACUAGCUAUUUUCGGCAAAUCUUUGAGUCUUCUAUUACAGAAGACAUUGAAGAGGCGUUAUCUGAAGUUCCUACGACGAUUACGGGAUCAAUGAAUGACAGCCUCACAACUCAUGUUUCCGAAUGGGAAGUCAAAUUAGCUCUCUUUUCCAUGCAUCCAGAUAAGGCGUCGGGACCAGAUGGGAUGACUGCACUUUUUUACCAGAAGUUUUGGGAUAUAGACUAUGGCCAAUGGUCUGAUACAAAUAUAUGUGUUAUCCCAAAGACAACCAAGCCUAAUGAUAUGGCUCAAUUCAGACCCAUAAGCUUGUGCAAUGUCAGCUACAAGAUCGUCUCUAAGGUCUUAUGCCAGAGACUAAAGAAAGUCUUGCCAGGAUUGAUAUCAGAAACCCAGUUAGCCUUUGUUGCUGGAAGACAGAUUUCAGAUAAUAUCAUGAUUGCUCAAGAAAUGUUUCAUGCCCUGCGAACUAAACCGAGUGGACGUAAUAAAAGGAUGGUCAUCAAAACAGAUAUGAGUAAAGUAUAUGAUAGGAUGGAAUGGUCGUUUAUUGAAGCUGUGAUGCGAAAGAUGGGCUUCUCUGAAACAUGGAUCACCUGGAUUAUGAGGUGCAUUACGUCGAGGAUUAAUGCAGCUACUAGGCAAGAGAUUAAAGAUGCACUUGGAAUACAUAAUGAUGGUGGGAUGGAAAAGUACUUGGGAAUCCCAGAGGAUAUUAGUGGCUCCAAAUGCAAACUCUUUGCAUUUCUCGAGGAUAACCUGAUGCAUAGAGUAAAUGGAUGGACAUGUAGAUGGCUCUCAAAAGGGGGAAAGGAAGUAAUGAUCAAAUUCAUUUUACUCGCUCUUCCGACAUACGUUAUGUCGACGUUUCUGCUCCCAUUGGAGAUUUGUGAAAACCUCGCUAGUGCCAUUGCACAAUUUUGGUGGAGUUCGAAUCCACCAAAACGAGGAAUACACUGGGCGAAAUGGGAAAAUGUUUGUCUACCAAAAGAAGAGGGCGUGAUUGGCUUCUGUUUAAUUCAUGAGUUUAAUCUAGCACUAUUGGCAAAGCAAUUAUGGAGAUUGGUUCAGUGCCCUGAUUCACUGGUUGCCCGAGUCUUGAGGGGCAGAUACUAUAGAAUGACCUCGCCAUUAAGAGUAAACUCUGCAAGUAGUCCAUCAUAUGUGUGGACAAGCAUUUUUGCCGCAAGGAAGCUUUUGCUUCUGGUGAUCAGACAGAAGAUUCAUUCUGGUUAUGAAGUCAAGGUCUGGGAGGAUCUGUGGAUUCCAACGACACCUGCUAGACCAGCUACACCUGUAGCGCCUGUGAUGCACCCGAAUAUGAGAGUUAGUGACCUCAUUAAUCAGGAUUCAAAGGAAUGGGACGUAGAGAUACUAGAGGAUUAUGUCCAUCCCGAUGACAUACCACUCAUACGUAGUAUGGCCAUAAGCUCUACUCAUCGCGGUGAUACUUUCUGCUGGAACUACACGAGGAAUAGCCAAUACACAGCUAAAUCUGGAUACUGGGUUGCUCAAAAUCUGUUGAAGCCAUAA